GCAUAAAGUUCUGGCUAAAAACAUCAUGAAAAAACAAGUUUGGUUCUUAUCCAUUUUCCUUUCAUUUCUGAUUCUUCCAACUUCUUGCCAAAAACAUGCAUGUGACACAGGCUCUGCUACGAAAAGCAACUUUUCAUUUUGUGACACUUCUCUAUCUUAUGAGGACAGGGCGAAGGACUUGGUGUCACGCCUAACACUGGAAGAAAAGGCACAGCAACUAGUGGACCCUUCUGCGGGCAUUUCCCGGCUGGGUGUGCCUGCUUAUGAAUGGUGGUCAGAGGCACUUCAUGGUGUCUCAAACUUAGGGCCAGGGACACGUUUUAACAAAACGGUGCCAGGUGCCACUAGCUUCCCAGCAGUGAUACUGUCAGCUGCAAGCUUUAAUGAAAGUCUGUGGUACAAGAUGGGGCAGGUUGUUUCAACAGAAGCUAGAGCCAUGUACAAUGUGGACUUGGCUGGGUUGACAUUUUGGAGUCCUAACGUGAAUGUGUUCCGCGACCCUAGGUGGGGACGUGGCCAAGAAACUCCAGGGGAAGACCCCUUGCUGGUGUCUAGAUAUGCUGUCAACUAUGUUCGUGGCUUACAAGAAGUGGAGGACGAGGCAAGUGCUAAAGCUGAUAGGCUUAAGGUUUCAAGUUGUUGUAAGCAUUAUACUGCCUAUGACAUUGACAAUUGGAAAGGCAUUGAUCGCUUUCAUUUUGAUGCAAAGGUGACAAAGCAAGACUUGGAGGACACGUAUCAGCCUCCAUUCAAGAAAUGUGUGGAGGAGGGGCAUGUUAGCAGUGUUAUGUGUUCUUAUAAUAGGGUGAAUGGUGUUCCUACAUGUGCUGAUCCAGAUCUUCUCAAAGGAAUAAUAAGAGGCCAGUGGGGUCUAGAUGGAUAUAUUGUUUCGGAUUGUGAUUCGGUGGAAGUCUAUUAUGAUGCAAUUCAUUACACUGCGACUCCUGAAGAUGCAGUGGCUCUUGCACUUAAAGCAGGUUUAAACAUGAACUGUGGCGAUUUUCUGAAAAAAUACACUGCAAAUGCAGUAAACUUGAAAAAAGUAGACGUAGCAACAGUAGACCAAGCCUUGGUGUACAACUACAUAGUUGUCAUGGUCCUGAUGAGAUUGGGCUUAUUUGAUGACCCCAAGUCACUUCCAUUUGCAAACCUUGGGCCAUCUGAUGUGUGCACUAAAGACAACCAGCAACUGUCUGUAGAUGCUGCAAAGCAAGGAAUAGUUUUGCUGGAAAACAAUGGAGCUCUUCCCUUAUCCCAAACUAUCAUUAAAAAAUUGGUUGUGAUCGGACCAAAUGCCAAUGCAACAGAAGUUAUGAUCAGCAACUAUGCUGGCAUUCCUUGCCGCUACACCAGUCCUUUACAAGGACUACGAAAGUACAUUUCUUCAGUAAAGUAUGCACCUGGUUGUAGCGAUGUAAAAUGUGGUAAUCAGAGCCUCAUUGCAGCAGCAGUUAAGGCAGCAAUUUCGGCUGAUGCAGUGGUGUUGGUGAUGGGAUUAGACCAAUCUAUUGAAGCAGAGGGCCUGGAUAGAGAGAACCUGACAUUACCUGGCUUUCAAGGGAAGCUUGUGAAAGAUGUGGCCGGGGCUACAAAAGGAAAAGUGAUUUUAGUGAUAAUGGCAGCCGGUCCAACUGACAUUUCCUUCUCUAAAAAUGUCAGCAACAUAGGAGGAAUAUUGUGGGUAGGGUAUCCUGGCCAAGCUGGAGGGGAUGCUAUUGCCCAAGUAAUAUUUGGAGACUAUAACCCAGGUGGAAGGUCUCCUUUUACAUGGUAUCCACAAUCCUAUGUUGAUCAAGUGCCCAUGACAGACAUGAACAUGAGAGCCAACAUCAGUAGAAAUUUCCCUGGAAGAACCUAUAGGUUUUACAAUGGUACUUCCCUCUAUGAAUUUGGUCAUGGAUUAAGCUAUUCCACAUUCUCCAUGAAUGUUGAAUCUGCUCCCUCCACCAUAAUGGUUCAAAGCACAUCCAUUUCUGAAGCACAUAACAUCUUCUCUUCUGGCUCAGCCACCCAAGUUGAGUCUGUCUCCAAGGGUCAAGCUGUUGACAUUUCCUCCAUAAACUGUGAGGACUUGACAUUUUUGCUUGUGAUUGGUGUGAAGAACAAUGGACCCCUAAAUGGAUCACAUGUGGUGCUAGUGUUCUGGGAGCCAGCAACUUCAGACCUGGUGACUGGUGCUCCAAUUAAACAGCUUAUAGGAUUUGAAAGAGUAUAUGUUACGAUGGGGAUGACAGAGUUUGUGACAGUGAAAGUUGAUAUAUGCCAACUGCUAAGUAACGUGGAUAAUGAUGGCAAAAGAAAGUUAGUGAUUGGACAACACACUAUUUUGAUUGGUUCCUCCAGUGAAACCCAGGUUAGACACCACAUUGAUCUUAAAUUUUCAGGGAGUAUGAAGGCCAAGGAGUUCAAGUCUGAAUGA